CCAACUUCCCCCCCCCCCUCCUCCUCUCAAUUUCACAAAUUUACAAGCUUUCCCCCUCUUUUCUAGGCUCGAUUGGGUGUUUUCAAGACUCCUCCUUUCUGGGUUUUGUUCUUAAUCUGCUUCAAGGCUUCUUCUUUUGUGUUGAAGAUGGAGAGGGUUAAUUUUGUAAAGAAUGGUGUGCUGAGAUUGCCUCCUGGGUUUCGUUUCCACCCCACGGAUGAAGAGUUAGUGGUUCAGUACUUGAGACGAAAGGUGCUUGCUUUCCCCUUGCCUGCCUCUAUCAUCCCCGAGGUCGACGUUUGCAGAGCCGACCCUUGGGAUUUGCCAGGUGAUUUGGAGCAGGAGAGGUACUUUUUCAGCACAAGGGAGGCCAAGUAUCCCAAUACCAAUAGAUCCAACAGAGCCACGGUUUCAGGCUAUUGGAAAGCAACCGGGCUCGACAAACAAAUCGUUUCUUCCAGGGGAAACCAAGCUGUUGGUAUGAAGAAAACCUUGGUUUUUUACAGAGGAAAAGCCCCGAAGGGAUGUCGAACAGAUUGGAUCAUGCAUGAGUAUCGAAUUGUCAGCGCCGAGAAGAACCAAACCCAGACCAAUGCGGUUCCCAUGGAAAAUUGGGUGUUGUGCCGCAUAUUCUUGAAGAAAAGAAGUGCUAAAAACGAUGAAGAAGGUGGCCUGCAACAAUCUUGCAACAACCAAAAGGUUGUUAAACCAAGGACAAAGAGCAGGCCUGUUUUCUAUGAUUUCCUGGCCAAGAACAAGACCUACUUGAACCUUGUCCCUUCUUCCUCAUCCUCCGUCUCCAGUGGGAUCACUCAGGUCUCGAGUAAUGACACGGAUGACCAUGAAGAAAGCAGUUGUUGCGAUAGUUUUUCUUAUUUCAGAAGAAAACCUUAAAAAAA